CUUUUGACGACUAGACUCAGAGACCUAGAAGUUCAUUCCCAACAACGACAUCCGCCGCUGUCUGCAGCAUGGCGCGAGGUCCUUUGCGGCGCGCCGCUAGCAUCACAGACCUCCGUUUUACUCUUCGCCGGGUCUUUGGCAAGGACUCUUUUCGCCCGUUGCAAGAAGAAGUAAUCACGGCUGUCCUUGCGGGCCACGAUGUCUUUCUCUGCGCGGCAACUUCAUUCGGCAAAUCGCUAUGCUAUCAGCUACCUGCAGUGGUCUCACUAGGCGUAACAGUGGUGAUCUCUCCACUCCUGGCCCUGAUGACAAACCAGGUUGAAGCAGCUCGCAAGCUAGGUAUUGCAGUUGAGUGUAUCAAUGGAAAGACAGGACAACAAGAGCGAUUUCGAAUCGAGACCGACCUUCAAUGUGGCCAUCCGGCCACCAAAAUUCUCUAUGUCACACCCGAACUCUGUGCCACGGCCCAUUUCCGAAAACUCAUUCUCACCAUACACCGUCAAGGUCAACUUGUGCGCAUCGCUAUUGACGAAGCACACUGUAUCAGUGAAUGGGGCCACGACUUCCGCCCAGCCUACAAGGAGCUCUCAUGGCUCAAGACCACCCUCAAUUGUCCGGCUGUACCGGUGAUGGCAGUCACAGCAACAGCCACACACCAAGUCCGUGAGGACAUCUUCAAGUUUCUGGGUCUUGUUAAUACCAAGACCAAGUCUUUCUCAACCUCCACAGCACGUCCAAACAUCCAUUAUGAAGUCCAGUAUUUCUCUGAGUCGAAUCCGGAGAAUGGUGAGGAUGACGUCUUUCCAUAUCUCAUGUCCAGGCUUCAAUUCAUGCACCAAAGAAGACUCAUGCGUCUCAACUACUUCUUACAGCAAGAUCCAGAGGCUGCCAUGGCACCCAUAACGGGCAUCAUCUACGUCUCAUAUCGGGCUACGGCAGACACUUUGGCGUCCAGGCUGACAGCCGCCGGCGUCCGUGCUCAUUCAUAUCACGCCGGUCUGGAAGACGCGCAGCGAUCUAAGAUCCAAACUACGUUUCUGAGAUAUGCUACGACGGACCCUCAUCUGCUGCAAGCGGAUGGCGACCAGACACUCAAGUCCUCUUUCAACAUCAUGUGCGCCACUACAGCAUUCGGGAUGGGCAUUGAUAUCCCGACGAUCCGUUUUGUCGUACACUACGGUCUGCCGCGAGGCAUGGAGUCUUUUGCGCAAGAGUCCGGACGAGCAGGAAGAGACGACAAAGCAGCCGCGAGUAUCAUCUUGUACACGCGCGAGGAGAAGGAACGUGCAGAGUUUCGAGCAAAGGGCGAUGCCGGCAGGGAGAAAAGCAAGGCCAAAGCGGAGUCGAGGCUGAAAUCACUGCAGAGCGUCAUUAAUUUCUGCGAAAAUACUGAGGUAUGCCGGCAUGAGUUGCUGUCGCGCUAUUUUGGAGACACCGCUGGGUCGGCACAGUGCUAUUAUGCAUGCGAUGUCUGCAAGGAAGGGCCGGUCAAGCUGAAAAAGCGGAAGGAGAGAGGAGUCGCAUCCGAGUUGGAAGCAUUUGCGUUCACUCAGAGAGAGUCCGUGAGAGAUUAUGAUUAUGAGUAACGACUUUACGACUGGCUUUGAUACCCCAUGAGAAUAGCAUAG